AACUCCAAUGGAACCAUUGUUGAAACAAAAAAAAAAAAUCAUCAUACUCAAGCUUCUGCAUCAUCUUCAACAGAGAUUUCCAUCGUCGCUUGUGGACAUUGCAUAGCUUAGCAAAUCUCCAGACAACUGACUGCUCCAAUCUGAAUAUGAAAACAUCUUUAGAUCAAGAGAUAAGAACAAAGCAGAGCUUGAUAAGUACAAGAAGAAACAGAAUUAACUAAGAUCUUCAGAUUGCACUGAGGAAUCUUGUCAGUAAAACAUAGCCAAGUCGUUUUAAACUAAAAUUUGACGGGUUGAGCCAGGCCCUUGCAGAAGUGCAACGCAUGGACAACUCAUGAAGGCCCAGAUAGCAAGCUAUCUUAAUGAGUCUUCUCCCUUAAAAAAAUAGAGUUAAUAUCGUGUGGCCCGAUAGACCACAUAUCAGAUAUUAAACUGAUAAGAACAGAUACUACACUUGAUCUUAGCCAAAAGGCCGAGAAAGGUAUGAUUUGUCUAGUUGCUGGCUUCAUUAUUUAUACCACUUAUCAUGCCUUCCAUGUCUAUUCUGUUAGCGAUGUGGGACUUUUAAACAGUUAUGACAAAACAAAACACUCUCUCUGUCUUAGUGAGUUAGCCAAUUGUCCUGAGAGUAAUUGGAAGAAAGAGGGAGUUGUCCAUCGUCAUAUGUAUCUUAUACCUCCUGCAGCAACUAUAGUUGAUUAAAUAUUCCUCUGUUUGUUUGUUAAUAAUAUUUUAGUGUUGUUACAAAAUCAUUUAGAAAAGGUCUUUCUAUCUCAGUUUGAAGGUAUGUACUAUAGACAAUGCACAAGACAAAACUCAAUAUUCUCUUAGAACCAAAGAAGCUCAUCUGUGUUCUUUCUGUCAACGAGGAAAAGAACUUCCAACAAUAAUAAAGUAAAAUUAAGUUUCAUAACAUAAGAACAUUGCAUCCUUAGACUCACUUCGAAAUGUAGUUUCCGAGUGAGAUUCACAACAAAGAUUCUAGGAACUGUUAUAACAAUUAGUAAGUCGAAUUACAAGCUGACAUGAAGUUGAAGCCUUAGGCACAGAUUCCAACUCCUUGAUUCUCAGCAGCUCUUUCUCCCCGAAUCGAUGACCUGAUGAAUAUACAGAGAUCUUAGCGGUUAUCAAAACAAGGAGCAUUCUGCAGGAUGUAAAGAACGAUUUCUUUCUCUUCCUCUGUUCCUCUGUAAGGAAGGCAAGUUCACGGUGAAAGUCGCCACAUUGUCUCCGUGACAAGUCUCUACAACUAAAUCAUCGAGGAUGGGACAGUUUGAAACAAUCCUAGAGAAAGAUCCAUCGUCUGAGUACUUGACAGAUAGAAGGCGCAACUUCGUGAGGGAUGGAAAGCUUAACCGACAAGGAACUUCUGAAAGAAUCACCCUACGGAGUUGUAAAGUCUCAAGUGUCUAGCAUCUAAACAACCUACUCGGCAAGUUAACAAGGCAAUGAUCAUAACAGAAACUUAUUUUCAAGUCACGCACAAAGCGAUCGACUGCGAUUCUAACCCAUAAACCAAUCUCCCAAGCGCUACAUUCUGACGUGCUGUUGAGAUGAAACCUUUCUAGGACAGCUGCUUUGUGUAAAUAGCAAAGUCCCUGACACAAACUGCGACAGGCUUCUGACAUGGAUUUCAUUAAUCUCUUCAUCUUCCUCCUCUGAGAAAUCCUCAAAGACAAGACUUGCCACCAGUGUCCAAAGAGACAGCCAUCGUUUAGACAAAAUGCUCGUAGCCACGGCACAUUUGGUCGGGACAAAGGACAGUAUCUUGAUGAGUAAAUCAUCUGGCAAUUGACUUAACCUAUCCAUAACAAUGCUUUGCUUUUUUUUUUUAAUUUCCCUUGCCAAAUACUGCAACCAAAGACGAAAAGAUAAAACCUUCUCUACUUGAAACACGACAGGAAGGUCGUCGUGAAAACACAAAAGGGUAUGGAGCAAAUAGGUGGGACUUUAAUCUACUAUGGGACAAAAGGAUGAAAAAAAAUCUGGCACCACCUAAAGUAAUUUCCCAUAGGAGGUUAAUGACAAUUUGCCCCAUUAAUAAAAUCAAUAUGAACCCUUGGAUCAGAAUUCUAUGGGAUAUAACGUGAGCCGUCGGAUCAUUAGAAGAAAAAGGAUCAAUAUUUACAAGAAUGUCAUUAAUGAAACUCUCCCUUAAGCCGUCGGAUCUUCUGUCUUUGUUUUAAUCCUGGCCUUCGGAUCUCACAUCCAAACUCUUCUCUCUCGCCUGGGUCCCACAGAUGCAUUAAUCCUUUUUCUUCUUCUUCAUUUCUCCUACAACCAUACUCAACUACCACGGAAAUUCAUUCUCCUCACCAACAAAAGCUUUCUUCUUCAACUUUUCAUCCACAAACCUUCACCUCUGUUUCUUGGGGAUUUUCGACAGGUUAGGACACCGUGAAACAGGUCAUGUACGUCGUCCUUAGUUCUGAAAUCGGUUGAUAAGUUCAUUUUCAGGAACUAUGGAUAGUAAUGGGUCUGUGGUGAUACAUUUUGAACAUGGUGAAGAGCAACAUAUUUCUACACUAGUGAUGAAAGGAAGGUAUGCGGAGAUUACUUAUUCUCAGUUGGUUGAUAGAAUAGCCAAGAAAAUGAAGAUCGAUGUAGUUGAGACGAAGCUUGAGUUGAGUUACUUUCCGCUGGUAUUGAAUAAUAAGAGGCCUUGUUAUAUCUUGGAUGAUGAAGAUGUUUUAGGAUAUUUAAUGAAGGUAGAUAAGAAAAACUGACGUAGUGUCUUGCGUGUGGAGCUUAAGGAAAUCGUCGCAGAAAAUCAGAGCAACGAGAUGUUUUCUAUGAAUGAGGAAAAUCUGAGUGAUGCCAGAGCUAAUGAUGGCAUGGUUGGAGUUGGAGAGUUGGAAAUUGUUCCUCAUAUUCAGGAGAAUGAGUUUGAGCAUGAGAAAAUCAGUGAAUUGGGUGAUGAAAUGGAUGAUAGGGAGGAGUUGCCGGCUGUUACAGCAGUUGAACCUCCUGUUGUCAAUUCAGAGUGGGAUGAUGGCAUUGAUAUUAGUUUUCAUCAAGAAUUUGCGACUAGAGAAGAAGUGAGGGAUUUAUUGGACAAAGGUGUGCAUUCCAAUUGUUUUCAGGUUGAUAUAAAGAAGUUGAAUCCUCGGGUUUACAUAUUGAAAUGUCGUGGGGCUGGAUGCAUAUGGUAUUUACGAGCUGCAAAGCUGAAGAACUCUGAUUUUUUAUCUAUCAGAACGUAUAGAAAGAUGCAUACGUGCUCUCGUGGAGAUGCAAGUGUCAUGAAGAAGAAGAAAAGAGGCACGCCAAGCUUGGUCGCAUCAGUGGUGCACUCUGAUUAUCCCGGCAAAUACAAGACUCCGGAUCCAAAGACUCUCAUAGAUUUGGUGCAGAAUAGACUGGGUGUUAAGGUUUCAUAUUCUACGGCUUUGAGAGGGAAAAAUAAAGUUUUGAGUGAUUUGCGUUGCAACCCGGAGGAGAGUUUUGCUAGGCUGCCAUCUUACUUGCACAUGUUACAAAAGAUGAAUCCUGAUACCAUUACACGAUUAGAAGAGGAUGAAAAGAACCAGUUUAAGUAUAUGUUCUUUGCGCUCGGAGCUUGCAUCGAAGGGUUCAAGGCGAUGAGGCAAGUGAUAAUAAUGGAUGGAACACACCUGAAGGGUGUGUACAAAGGAGUGCUUCUCAUUGCCACUUCUCAGGAUCCAGAUCAUCAUCAUUAUCCCCUUGCUUUUGCGGUAGUAGAUGGUGAGAAAAAUGCAAUCUGGGAGUGGUUUUUAACUAUAUUAAAAACUUUGAUACCAGAUGAUCCUCAGCUUGUAUUUUGUACUGAUAGAAACCAAAGCAUCAUCAAGAAAGUACACGAGGUAUACCCAUUGGCGAUCCAUGGAUAUUGCAAUUAUCACUUGUCUAAUAAUGUCAGCGGAGCUUGCAGCAAUGUUAACAAGAAAGGGGUUGCCAAAAAAUUUAGAGAUAUUGCUGGUAUUUACAGUGAGGUGGAGUUCAGAAAAUGCUACAACGAUUUCAGGAAAAUGUAUCCUCAAGCGGCCGAGUAUCUAGAUGACAGUGUUCAUGAGACAAAAUGGGCAAGAUGUAAAUUUCCGGGAGAAAGGUACAACAUAGACACAACCAACACUGUUGAAUCUAUCAAUGGUGUUUUGAAGGAACCAAGGAAAUAUGCGUUGUUGCCAAUGCUUGAUGUGAUCGUGGAAAAGAUAACAGAAUGGUUCAACAAAUACCGUAUAUUAUCUCUACGCGUACCAGAGAGGCAGAUACUAAUCCCACAUGUCCAUGGGAUAUUGCAUCACAUAUAUCCUACGGCUAAAAAGCUGAAGGUGACCGAGCUAAAUACAUUUGAAGGUCGCUACAAUGUGCUUGGUGAGGAUGGUCAUGGUUAUUUGGUUGAUUUGAGCAACAAAACAUGCUAUUGUAGGUAUUUUGAUAUUGAUCGGUAUCCUUGUGUGCAUGCACUUGCUGCCAUCAUGGCGCGUUGAAAAAUGGCUGAACAUUAUUGUUCUAGGUAUUACUGGAUGGAGCAGUGGACGUUGGCAUAUUACAGGACAAUAUAUCCAGUGCCUCAUCAUUCAACAUGGGAAAGUUCUAAAAUUCCUGAAGAAAUCCGAUCUCAGGUUGUCUUCCCUCCGUAUGUGGAGGGAAAAAAAAGGAAGACUACAAGUUACUAGAUUCCCGUCUGCCGGAGAAUAUCGGAGGAAGAGAAAGAAGAAGUUUCCACCAUUGAUUGGUGAAAACGAAGAAAGUGGCAGUGAUUGCAGUGGCAGUGAUAGCAAUAGCGGUGGUAGUGACAGCAGUGACAGCAGUGGCAGCAAGGGAAAUGGGGACGAGGGAGGUGACAACGAAGGAAAUGAUGAAUGAGUCUUACUUGUUAACUUGUUAUGGAACUUGCUUAUGUGUUGUGGAACAUAUUUAUGUGUUGUAGAAUUUAUUUAUGCGUUGUGUUGUUUCAAUCAGGUAAAACUUCAUAAACAUAACACUCAUAUUUAUGUGUUGUCAUACUGGUACAACUAGUAAAACUAAAAUAGGUUAUACUGGUAUAACUAGUACAACUAUGUCUAGUUUACUAAAAUAGGUUCUACUGGUAUAACUAGUACAACUAUGCAUAUUCUGAAAUUUAAAUAUUCUUUUGGGCUUUCCCUAUUAAUAAAACAAUCAAA